UAACAGCAGAGCGCUCUGAUGUCAAGGUCUGUGUGAUAGCCUGCUCCAUGUUAUGGCCCCGGGGAGGAAGAUCUCAGUCAGAUAUGAUUUAGAGGAUUAUUACGCAACUGUUUAUGUUGAGUGGAGACAACAUAAAGUCAAAACAGACUUUAUUUAAGCAUCUGAAGGAAGGGUUUAGUCAAGGAUCCCUGUGGGUGCCCCCUCCUGAUGGGUCUGUUUACAAUCACCUAAAAGGCUUGUUUAUGAACAGAAUAAAGUUCUGCUGGACUCUUCUAUAUCAUGUUAAGCGUCCUAUAAGAGAGAUCCGGCCCACAAAAUGCUUCCAUGGGUCACAUUAUUUUUUUUUUGACGCCUCCCUCCCUUCCCUUGCUCUCUUUGUCUCUCCUCCCUUCUCUCCUCCCUCUAUCAGUCAGUGCGCCCGUUGGCACAGGGACGAUUGAAAGUGACACUCUGAUUAGGACCCGGUCCUUUGCGCCGAGAAAUCCCGCUUUUACUGUACCUCACGCGCCGGUGUUUGCUGCUCGGUCAGGUCCGUGUUGUGCGCUCUGUGUCCCGGGUUGUGCUGCUCCUGUUUCCCGCUGCGUCGCGUUAUUUUUGCGCUUUCUCCGAGGAUGAAGCCAUGAGUUCAGAGGAGGGCAGAUUUGUGCCACAGAGACGCGUUUUGAGCUAAAACAGGCGGAUAAAAGCGUAAAAAAGGAGGACGGAAGACAGAAUUUUAAAAUAUCAAGUUUGUGCGCGCGCUCCGGCUCACGGCUCCAGGACAGACCCACCGGUGCUCACAAAGUCUCUCCCUCUGUCUCUCUGUUCGCUUCCACUUCCCACAGACGAGCAUCCUCCGUCCAGAUCUCCACGCACUCCGCUGCUCUGCGCGCUGUCCUCGCCCCCUCUCCAAACCUCCCUGCCCACUAACUUUUCUCUCCUGUGUGGAUCCGGUCCGGUGUCCGACGAGUCCAGACUGAGCAGCGUGACCCGCCGUGUAUCCAGGAGCCGACCCACAGCCCAGCCCUGGAUUCAAUACUCCUGAUCAAUGGACAGAGCCUCCUCAGCGGCCAACAGCGCUACAGACACGCCGUAAGCAACUCGUUCUCUCUGGCUGGAACUCCUCUGGGGGUCUGGAGGAGGAUGGAGCGAGGAGGAGAGAGUCCCAUCACCCAGGACAGUCCUGAGCGAAGGGGAGGCAGCCCCGACCUCAGCGGCCUUCCACCGCCGGGGAAGAAGGGCCGGUUGGAGCUCAACGGGAGCCCCACUGGGCCACGAAUACGUCACAACGGAGCCCCACAGAGGCCUCUGGGAGGUCUAAUGAUUCCAGUCUUCUGUGUGGUGGAGCAGUCGGAUGGAGGGAUCCAGACAGACGGAUGUGAGGGCAGAGAGGAGCAUGCAGAGUUUGUGCUGGUCAGGAAGGAUAUUCUCUUCUCUCAGCUGGUGGAGACAGCUCUGCUGGCCCUCGGAUACUCCCACAGCUCGGCGGCACAAGCCCACGGCAUCAUCAAGGUGGGCAGGUGGAACCCUCUGCCCAUCCACUUCCUGACUGACGCACCAGAAGCUACAGUAGCAGACAUGUUGAUGGAGGUUUAUCACAUGGUCACACUACGCAUCCAGCUGCAAAGUUUCUCAAAGCUGGAGGAUCUGCCCUGUGAACAGUGGAACCACGCGACCGUCAGGAACGCUCUCAAAGAGCUGCUGAAGGAAAUGAACCAAAGCACUCUGGCCAAAGAGUGUCCUCUGUCUCAGAGUAUGAUUUCCUCCAUAGUGAACAGUUCGUACUACGCCAACGUCUCCACCGCCAAAUGCCAGGAGUUCGGUCGCUGGUACAAGAAGUACAAAAAAAUUAAAGUAGAUUAUCUGGAGAAGAUGUGGUCUGGACGAGACGCUGCUGACAUCAAAAUUGAGAGAGACAACAUGGCCGACUUCUGUGUGCUGGGCCAGAGACCUCCGCCUCACCUGGCCGGCCUGGCGCAGCUCAGUCACCUGGGAGCCGGCAGUCCCCUCCUCAAGGCGGGAUCUGGAGAUCCACAAGCGCCCUCCCAGCCUCCUCAGCAGCCUCCUCCUCCCCAACAGCAGCCCUCGCCCCACGGCCCCCUCCACCACAGCCCUCCUCUGCGUACAGGCCAGGUGCCUCCUCCGCCACCACCGCCCCCGCCUGGUGCCCUGCAGCCCCUGCUGGGGCCAGGUGGGCUGCUCUCCCCUCAGCUCUCCCCACAGCUGGUGCGUCAGCAGCUCGCCAUGGCCCACCUCAUCAACCAGCAACUGGCUGUUAGCCGCCUGCUGGCCCACCAGCACCCGCAGGCCAUCAACCAGCAGUUCCUCAACCACCCGCCCAUCCCUCGGGGUUCAUCAAAAGCCAGCGGCGACCAUCCCGGGAGCAACCCCUCGGCCGCCGAGGUCUCCUGUGAAAUCUACCAGCAGGUCAGAGACGAGCUGAAGAGAGCUAGUGUCUCCCAGGCCGUGUUCGCCCGUGUGGCUUUCAACCGCACACAGGGCUUGCUGUCAGAGAUCCUGCGUAAGGAGGAGGACCCUCGUACGGCCUCGCAGUCUCUGCUGGUGAAUCUGAAAGCGAUGCAGAACUUUCUCAACCUGCCGGAGAGCGAGAGGGACCGCAUCUACCAGGAGGAGAGAGAACGCACCAUGAACCCUUCAGUCGGCCUCCCCGCCUCGAAUUCCUCCAACUCCGGACCUCCGCGCCUCUCACAGAAAGUGUGGGAGAGGGGCCUGGACGACCAGAUAACCCCUGAUACCUGGGCCUCCAUCUGGAAGAACAAGACUAAGAUCUCCAACUCGCCGAAGCCGUCCGGCCCGGCUCCUGACCUCCCACUGAAGCUGGAGUCGCUGGUCAACAUAACGUCAGGCAUCUACGACGAAAUUCAGCAGGAGAUGAAGAGAGCCAAGGUGUCCCAAGCUCUGUUCGCUAAGGUGGCUGCCAACAAGAGCCAGGGCUGGCUGUGUGAGCUGCUCCGGUGGAAGGAGAACCCGAGCCCAGAGAACCGCACUCUGUGGGAGAACCUGUGCACCAUCCGGAGGUUCCUGACGCUGCCGCAGGCUGAGAGAGACCUGGCGUACGAGGAAGAGUCCAGACACCAUCACUCGGAGAGGCUGCACACCGUCCUCCACCUGCCACAGGACACACAGCUCUUUUGUCUUUCUCGUCAGGCACUUCACAGGCCACCCCCCACCCCAAUGAAGGAGCACCGCCUGUCUCCGAUGCGUGAAGAGCCGUUAUCUGCUCCGGUCAACGAGGAGGGGUCUCAGAAUGUGGGAGCAGGAGGUGCAGGCGGAUGUCCACCUGGCACAGUUGGCAGUGCAGGAAGCAACAAGAAGCCACGAUCACGCACUAAGAUUUCCCUGGAGGCCUUGGGUAUCCUGCAGAGCUUCAUCCAGGAUGUUGGCCUGUACCCUGACCAGGAGGCCAUCCACACCCUGUCAGCCCAGCUCGACCUGCCCAAACACACCAUCAUCAAGUUCUUCCAGAACCAGCGCUACCACGUCAAGCACCACGGCCGCCUCAAGGAGCUGAGCGAGGGGGCUGCCGCCAGCGGAGGUGUGGACGUCAGCGAGUACAGGGAAGAGGAGCUACUUUCAGGCUCAGAGGACCCGGAGUCUAGCGAGGAUGGAGCUGAGGAGAUUUACCAGUCCACAGAGGGGAAUGGUGGGAGCACAGGGGGGCUGAACCAGCCACAGGCCUCCUCCGGCUCCAACUCCAACUCCAACCAGUCGUCCUCAGGGACCAACACUGCUCAGGAGGAAGGAAAGGACAAGGGGCACAGUCGGCCUGGUGGCCCUCUGGGCCCUGGGAGCUCCUCAUCCAGUCCCAGAGAGCAGGCUGACUACCAGAGGUAGAGACUGACACUCAGAGAGGAGCGGACAGAGAGGGAGAGAAAGCAAGAAAGGUCUAUGAUGAUGAAGUGAGGAACUGGUCAUAAACUGAUGGAGGAUGGCUGCAUAGAAACUGUGUGAGAGGUGAACGUCAAGAAACAAUGAGGCUGAAAUACUGUACAUCUCUCAAACGACUCUUUAUAGUGACAAUCUCAGACAGACAUCUGUGAACGCCUGAUGUGUAGAGUGAAAUUACCUCAGCAAAAAGACAGAAGAGUGCUGUGACACAGCAGCGGUUGUGUAACUGUGAAAGAAAGUAUUCCCAAAAAACAUUUAAAUAAUUCACUCACAAACUCUCAUUAACAGGUAACCUAGUGCUGCUCACGCCUCCGACCUACAGACGGACAGAGACAAAGAAUGUCCACGUGUCAACAACUAAACUUUCUCCUAAUCAGCCAAACACCAGAAGACACUCCAAGGAGGUGGGGUUCAGAAAUGGUUCCUGUUCCUCCUCUCUAAAGUCUGAGCACAGUCACAUAAGACAUACUCCCUACAUGCUGGGUUGAAUCUGCCCCGCUGAGUGACAUUCAUAGACUGGAUCCCGGGGGCCUUCUGAGACCUCUACAAUCCUAUAAAUCCUCAGGACACACACUGAUGUUGCUAAUGCUGUUGCCUGCCUGAGAACGUGGACGGACGGCACUCGCUGUUCAUCCACGAGUUUCAUUUCAUUGUGGAAAAAAGGAAACAACCACCACGACAACCUGCCCUCGCCUCACCGCCGCACUCCAGAAUCACUACCAGUCCUAUCUAGCACUUACUGUUCACAAAGACACUGACAUUUUGUGGAUGUGAUGUACUCUUGCCUCCCUUCCCCUCCCUCUGGUUCUCCUCUCAAGGCUCACAAAACAAGUGUGAGGUUUAGAAAUGACAGCGGACAGUUUGGCGGGAGGAUAUCGGACCGACUUCAAGAGGAUGUGGCGCGGAGGGACACUCGAGGCCUACGUACCCACGACUCUUGAUCCCUUCCUGGCACCGCCCCGCGUACAUGCGGUGAGAAAAAUGUCAAGAAAGGAAGGACAGAGCGGAGAUUCAGCAACCAAACAAUCAGUCACUUUAUGUGCGGUAGUCCACCCCUUCCACUCUUCCUCUCCUCUCUCCAUCUCACCCCCCCCCUCUCUAAUUGGUGCCCACAGUCUUGUGUUUCACCACACCUACCCGCACUUAAACUUCACCAACCCUAUUUAUUGCUAUCUUUAUCCAUGAUUAUUAUUAUCAUUAUUGUUAUUAUUGUUGUUAUUAUGGUUAGAAUUGCUGUCAUCGUGUGCUAUUUUUAGUUUUUAUUUCCAUGGUUUUAAAUAUUGGUUUUCAGAGCAGGGCGGUGGUUUGGGAAACAAGAGACAUUAGGAGUGCUCUGCCCUGAGAGAAAGAGGAAGAAAAGGAGCAGAGAGUGAAAGAAAUAAAAAGAAGCAAGUUACUGAGUGUUAUUGGGUAAAUAAAAAACCUGUCAUGUUGUAUUAUGCCAUUUUUUAUAGUUGUUUCCCAAAAAUAGUAAACGAGAGAUGCAGUUAAAUAAGAAAGCCAAACUGAGCUUUUUUUGCUGCAGUUGAUGACAAUCUACUUUUUUGAGCCAUUAAAGAAAUGUGGCAGGUUCGACUCUGUUCUUCACUUUUGAUGUCUGUAAAUACCCGACACAGGAUAAAUUGUUAUUGAUAUACUUUUAUUUUUUAUUUUUGCUGAGUGACUUUAAGUGUUUGAGCCAGUUUGGAGUAUCAGAAGAGUGCUGUUCUGUUUUCCUUUUCUUUAGACGACUCAGUGAAAUCAGUUUCAUUGUGCCAGGCAAAUUCAAUCACCAGAGUAUUUAAAAAGAAUUCAGACUGGCUUUUUUUUCUUUGCUUGGUGUCAGUUGUGAACAACUAUAAAGUAUGUUAAAAAACAUAUCUGAUAAUGAUCUGACAAUGGAUAGUGUCCAUGUUGUUUGACUAUCCUCAUCGGCUGCUACACUCAAACAGAUGACCUGCCUUUAAAUGAUGACGUCGACUCCAAUCACUCCGUAUGAUGAUAUUGUGCUUUUCUGUACAACAGGAAUCAGGGUUAGACUCAAAUGCAGUUCCAAUGAAAUCUUAGUUCAUCCCAUGUUGAAGUGAAUUAAAAUUUGUGAAUUCAAA